AAAAAUGCUGUCCCUGUAGAGAUGGACGCCUUGAACCGAACCAACCAAGCAACAAGUAAACCCAACCAGAAAAAGUCGACUCGUCUCGUCGUCCCCAGCCAUCCUCCGCUCCCCUCCUUCCCCUCCGUCCGACCCAGGCUAGGCUAGGGUUCCACCCACGCGAUCCGAUGGAUGGCGGCGGCGACUCCGGCGGCGGCGGUGCCGCGGCAGCGGCAGCGGCCAAGUGGCGGACCGACGCGUCGCGGGCGUUCCAGUACUACCUGGACCGCUCCACCCCGCACGCCACGGGGCGGUGGCUCGGCACGCUCGCCGUCGCGGCCAUCUACGCGCUGCGCGUCUACCUGGUACAGGGCUUCUACAUCGUCUCCUACGGCCUCGGGAUCUACCUCCUCAACCUCCUCAUCGGCUUCCUCUCCCCCAUGGUCGACCCCGAGCUCGACCCUUCCGCCGCCGCCGACGGGCCCGCGCUCCCGACCCGCGGAUCCGACGAGUUCAAGCCCUUCAUCAGGCGCCUCCCCGAGUUCAAGUUCUGGUAUGCAAUCACAAAAGCUUUUGUUAUAGCUUUUGUGAUGACUUUCUUCUCCGUAUUUGAUGUUCCUGUCUUCUGGCCCAUACUUCUCUGCUACUGGGUUGUUCUUUUCGUCCUUACGAUGAAGCGCCAGAUUGUGCAUAUGAUCAAGUACAAAUAUGUGCCCUUCAGUAUUGGGAAGCAGAAAUAUGGUGGGAAGAAGAGUGGCGCGAGCAGCAGUUCCUCAAAAGAUUGAUUCCGGACCUGCGCCGGUAGUGGAAUGAGAUACAGUGGAUGAUACUUGAUGUGCUAAAUACCAAGUGUAACACUUCACUCAUAUCUAGAGUUAGAAGGAUAUUCACUUCUGUUUCUGCCUGGGGUUCACGAUUUAAUUUGAUAUUGUGCUUAGGUUGCUCUGUUCCAUUCGUA